CCUCUGCAUCUUCACCUUUGCCAUGGUCCUGGUGCCAGAAGCCAAAGACCAAAGCAAGGCAGCCAAGGGGAGGAGAAGGGGCCCAGCGCGGCCUUCCACGGCCGCCCCCACCCUGGCCUGGACCCCAGCCGACCCCUACACCCCCAUGGAGGACUACGAGCACAGCAUCCAGGACAUGGUGCGCCAACUGAGGAACAGCUCUGAGCCAGGCGACACCAAGUGCCAGGUCAACCUGCAGCUCUGGAGGUCUAACCGGAGGAGCCUGUCCCCCUGGGUCUACAGCAUAAACCAUGAUGCAACACGGAUCCCAGCAGACAUCCCCGAGGCCCGGUGCCUCUGCACCGGCUGCAUCAACCCCUUCACGAUGCAGGAGGACCGCACCAUGGCAAGCAUCCCCAUCUACAGCCGGCUGCCUGUCCGCCGGCUGCUCUGCCAGGUGCCAGGUGAGGUGGGGCACAAGCCCUCUGGGAGGAAGAAGUGUCACAAGAAGUACCAGAUGGUCAUGGAGACCAUCGCCGUGGGCUGCACCUGCAUCUUCUAAGCCUGCAGAGCUAACCAUAACAGCUCCUCAUGGGCAUCUAACCAGGUUGCUCUUGCUUCCCGAGCAUCACCAGGGCAAGGAACGAGUCUGCACAAGGAGAAUGCAGUUGCAUAGCUCCAAGGGCUCCCUGAAAUUCCCUUCUGGGCUCUGCCAGCCUCAGCCCAAGAGCCACUCUGGGGACAUGCAGCACUGGGGCAGCCCCUGCAAGCAACCCAGCCACGCAGCCCUGCCUCCAGCCUCACCACGAGCCCUCUAACCUUUAGGGAAGGGCCAAGGAGGAGGGUCCUUGCCCACCACCCCCAGCCCCAGGCUGUGGAGUGGGUGCUCACCCCGUGCACAAACUGGGGGCUUGGCUGGGGAGGCUGGGGCAGCUUUUGAGAUCCUCAAUAAAGCUCAUCUCUGGCCCCUGUCUGAGCCGCUCCAUGCGCUGCCGGCAGGAGG